UAUGAACAUAACCUAUAUUUUUCCGACACAAAAAAAUAACAAAAAUUUCUUAAAAAAUAACCACGAUAUAAAGGAAUAAUAAUAAAUACUAAAAAAUGUUAAAUAGUAUGAAAAAUGUUUUGAACUGUUUUCGAGCAAAUGAAAAUAGUUUACUUGAAUGUUCAAAAAUUAUUGCUCUUCAACAGAAGCGGACUAGUUAUGUCAUGAAACGGAAGUAUCCUGUGGGACUUCAUAAGAAAACGGGUCCACGUUAUGGCGAAAAAUUAAAACAUCGACACUUUAUUUACGAAGUAAUUGAAUCACCAUAUGACAAAGAAUUGAAACCUUUAGAAGUUAUAUUAACCGAUUAUGUUGAAGGUAUUGGAAAUAAGGGCGAGAAAUUGACAUUGAAACAUUCGAUAGCUUAUAAACUUAUUUUGCCGGGUCUUGCGGUUUAUGCAUCACCGGAGAAUAUCGAGAAAUAUAAGGAUAUUGACAAUGAGUCAAAACUUGCUUUCAGUUCACCUUACGUACCAAGAACAAUGAAUAUUCUAAUGUCACGUUUGGUAAUGGUGCCAAUGAAUAUUAAUAAUCCAUGGAAACUCGAAAGAUGGCAUGUGCAUUCAGCAUUGCGAAGUCAUGGAAUUAUAUGUCCGGCUGAGGCUAUAAAAAUGCCCGAUCAUGAAAUAUCGGGACCAAAUAUUGAAUUAAUGGAGAAUAAAGAAUUUUAUAUUGAAGUAACAAUUAAUAAUAAAGAAAAACAAUUAGUACGCUGUCGUAUUCAUCAUGUACAUAAAACUCCAACACUCUGCUCACGUCUUCCUGCGGAUUUUUACAAGUAUCCAGCGGAACCAAUUUUUCCCGAAGACAAACCAAUUUUGGAUUCAAUGCCUCGACACAGACUUUGUAAACAUACCGAACCUUUAGUUGAAAUGGAAUAUUAAAUUUAUUUUUUUAAAAAUCGUUAUUUGUAUCUUAUUUUAUUAAUAAUAAUAAAUAAUAAAUAUUGAAAGUAAUACAAUAUCA